ACUUAAAGAAAGACACUGCACUUCACGCAAUCAAAAAACUAUUGAAGAUAACGACCAAAAAAAUGAAGCCACUUCUGAAGACGAAGGUAAAAACCCAAAUGAAGUCACUGCAGAGAAAUGGGACUAUGACAAUAUGGCACCGGUUGAAAAUUAA